AUAAGUAAUGUUGAAUGUAUUCCGAUUAGUUUGUGUCAAUGGUCUGGAUUGGACGCAGUCGAUCUCGAAGUGUUUCAAAAGUUUAGACAUAAUAUAUCAGUAUGAGGAGCUUCAUCUUCAUCACAGUGCUGUCAGCACUCACAGCCUGCUAUGGUGCUUCUGUCCUCCCGGACAACAAUGAAAUGAUUACCGUUGUAUAUGAUGACGAGGCACCCAACGGAAGGAUUGUAUCUGACGCAGAAUUUAAAAACAGCGUAAUAAUUCCUGACAAUUGGGUCCUAUUAUCUGAAUGGAGAUGUGACGCACCGCCGAUAAACAACCAGGUACAGCGUGUUGGCGUAAGAUAUGAGGGAGAUCCCAGCAUUCGGAUAGGACAAGUCUCUGUAAGUUAUUUCCCACCUGCUCCACAUAUAGCAUAUGGUCAGUUGGGAAAUUAUUUCAUGGAAGUCAAUAUAACAACACCUGUCGGCAGAGAGGUCAGGUCCACUGUAGGAAUGUACUAUAGAGCAUAAUGGAACUAAUAUUUACUUGGAAACUGCGACAUCACUAUAUAAAAAAUAUUAUGUUUUAAAAUAAACACAUUGUGGUAUAAACUAAUACUGAAUUGUAUAAAAAUUAUAUGAAUAAAAACCUGGUAUUUUUUUUAAACGCCUCGACA